AUGCUUUGCCGGCGUGCAGGGACUGGUAGAGCUGCUGUGAAGCCUGUCCCAUUCGCGAGAACUCCGCCAGUGCCGCCGUCGCUCGUCUCGUCCCGACCCUUCUCCUCGACCUCGAGUCGCCGCGCACUCUGGGGAUGGCUGCCAGACCCAUCGAACGAGCCACUCGCAGGGACGGGCUUAGGCUCAGGGGGACCGCCAUGGCUCUUCGUGCUUGAGGUCUUGAUUGGUUUGCCGACUGCGCUGUGGGUGUACAAGUGCAUCAUGCUCGUCCUCUUCCAGCGCAAAGUCAUCUACAUGCCCUGGCUCCCACCAGGCUCGCGGGACGAGCCUCUCUCGGCAGUUACGGCGACGGGAGAGAUGGGCGACAUGCGCGUCAAGGAGGUUAGGAUUGUGAGUGCGGAACCGACGAAGUGGUUGCGCCAGAAGGUUGAGGUGCGGGCCAUUGAGGUUGGAUGGAAGGAAGACGACGAGGUGGCGGCGAAGAGACCGCACGUCGUGAUUCUGUACAUGCAAGGAAACGCCGGCACACCCUUGAAUCGCCUUCCCCUCUUCCGCACCCUGCUUCACCCUCCCCGCACUUCCUCGUACUCCUCCAGCCCUCGAACCCUCCGCCUCUUCCCCCGACUCACCCUCCUCGCACCCGCGCCUCGCUCCUACUGGCUCUCGACUCGCGCAACACCUACCGAGCGUGGCAUACUCGCAGACUACCGCGCCUCACUUGCCUACUUUCACGCAACUCACGGUCCCGACGCUCGCUACGUCCUGUAUGGCCACUCACUCGGCGGCGCAGCAGCCGUUGGCCUCCUCAAGCAACUCCAGCAAGGUCCCUUCGCCUGUCACUCUCAUUCAGACGACAGCGCGACGCCGACGAGCGAACCCCGAAUAUCCGGCCUCAUCCUCGAGAACCCGCUCCCCUCGAUCCCGUUCAUGGUCCGCGCGCUCUAUCCGCAGAAGUGGCUGCCGUACCAUUGGCUUGGACCGCUCGCCUUCGACCGGUGGGACGCGCUGGGCGACUUGGAGCGGCUAAAGGAGUCGAGCGGAGAGAUGAGGAGCUUAUGGAUUCGAAGCGGAAAGGACGAGGUGAUUCCGCUGGGUACGGAAGAGGGCGUUAAGUCAGGCGAACUAGCAGGAAAGGACGGUGUGAGGCGGAUGUUCGAAGCGUGGGUCAAGUCGACGGAGCGAGACGGCGGCGAGGCAAGGAGCGAGUGGGUCGACGUUCCAGGCGCGCUCCACGACCUUGCGUACAACGAGCGCAGAUGGAGGCAGGAGCUUCGGGCGUUUCUCGACGACGUCGGGCGGACUUGA